AUGGCAGCCCUAAGCUUGUUCUUAGGUACACCACAGAUCACUGCCAAGCAUUAUCCGCAGCAUUAUAUGGAUGAUGCGAUCAAUUUUUAUGCGACCAUUAGCGUGUUGGAUGAUGACUUAUUCAGUGGUGUGCUGUUGGAGCGUGCAAGCGUCUAUUUUGGUCAAGCAAAUAUGCGUCGAAAAAUGGCAUUCCACUAUGUGUUAGCCGGUCAUCGAAUGUCAAAAGCUGGCCAGAAGCAGUUGUCCAUGGAGUGCUACAAACGAGCCCUUCCCGAAUAUCUUUCCAAGCACUGGGUGUUCGCAGAGGUAAAUUUUUAUAUGCGUGAAUGA